CAGAGGUUCCAUAUUUUUGUAAUAAUUAAAAUCUUCUAAAAAUGUCAAAUCAAGAUAUCGAACUUUAUAAAAAUUACAUCGAAAACCUUAAAAUAGAUGAAUGCAGACCUUCGGCUUUAAAUGAAAUAAAGCUUAUUCUAACAUACAAACCAGCUUCCGAAGCUGUUUCAAUAAUUAAAAAUAUUGGAAUUUCCAAAAUUUUUCAAUGCUUAAAUUCCUCGGAUAAGAUUCAAGUUGAAUUGACUUGUGAAGUAAUUAAGAUAUGUUUCGAAAAAUUUGAAGCUGGAGAAGUUAUUAAAACAUAUACAAGUUAUAUUAUGUACUUGUUGCGACAUGAAAAUGAUUCUGUCCGAAGAUUAGCUAUUAAUGAGGUGUAUAAAACAUUAACUAAAGAUGCCAUGUUAUUGCCCUUGCCAAAAUAUAUAGACUUAUAUGUGGCUACAGCACAAAUGGUCUGUGAUCAAGAUGUUGGGAUUUCCAAUCAAGCUGUUUUUAUUACAUCUAAUUUAUCAGACGAAGCUUAUCCUAAAGUUUUGGAAGAAAUUAAAAUAGCUUUAGAAUGUAACAGCAGUAGCAAAUGUAACACGUAUGAGAUAAUCGUUAAUAUCUCUUCAAAAUCUCUUGAUCUAUUCAAUUUGUGUGUAGAUCAGGGAUACAUUGAUUUUAUGGCAAAUGAACUUCAGUCAGAUGAUAUACUUUAUCAAUUGAAUAUUCUUGAACUUUUGUCACAAUUAGCAAUUAAACCACAUGGAAUUAAUUAUCUCAUAAAACAAGGAAUAUUAUUGAAAAUUUCAGAGUUAGUAAAAGGUUUUCACCAAAAUCCAUUUGGGGGCCUUUUAAUACCAGGUUAUAUGAAGUUUUUUGGAUCCAUUGCACAUUAUUAUCCAAACGAGAUAUUUCAGAAAUAUCCUGUUUUAUUAGAAUCUCUUUUUGAUGCUUUGGAUUCUAAAGAUGCAACAAUAUUACCAGUAGCUCUCGACACACUAGGUUUCAUAGGAACAACAAUAGAGGGCAAGAUGUGCUUAAUGGCACUAGGAAGCAAGUAUACACAAAUUGUUGAAAAAUUAGGAUUUAUUAUUAAAAACAGUCCUACAGAAUUGAAAAUUCGUUCAUUGCAUUGUGUAGCCAACCUUAUUGGUAUAGAUAAAGAUCCAAAAGCAAAAGUUGAUCCUUUAGAGAACAGGGUAACUUUAAUGACACGAGAAUGGUUUAGAAGUCUCAGCAAGCAACCAGAUUCAAUGGUUGUAUUGUUUGAAAAUUGUAAAAAUCCAUUUCCAGACAUAACAUUAGCUGCUUUAACUUUACUCAAUGCAGUUUGUCAACAUAAAUGGGGUGAAGAAUUGGUAGCAAGAACAGCAGGAUUCAUCGAGUACCUUCUAGAUCGAUCUGUUAACUUUACAAAAGAAUCGAAAGAAAUAAAAUAUGAAAUAAUAAAACUCUUGUCACAUUCUACUGUAUUUGAUGAAAACAUGUUAACAAGGCUUCAAAAGUAUGUUGAACAGGGUCCCUUCUACACCGAACUAGUAACUCAAGUAGCUAUGGAAGAAGAAUAAAAAUGGUGUUGUUUUAUUAGUGACGUAUGGUUUAUAAGUUCUUCAAUCUAAUAUUUUUUUUUAAUAUAUCAU